CACAGCAGCCAGGCAGAGUCCCAGGCAGACAGCUCCAGUCCCCGGGAGAUCGGAGUCUUCAGCAUGGUACCUGCUAUCCUGCCACUGACUGUCCUCGCCACCAUUGCGGCUUCCAGUGCACUUCGUACAGGCCAUCAAACCAUAUUCUGCCCCCUUGGAUACUUCCCUUGUGGCAAUGUCAGCGUGUGUCUACCACAGCCACUACAUUGCAAUGGGGUCAUAGACUGUGAAAAUGGAGCUGAUGAGGACAAAUGUGCUGACAUCUAUGGCUGGCCAAAACUUGUAGAUUGGUACUUCGACCAAGUUACAACUAUUAAUGAUGAAUCAGGCGAUUGCUCACUCGACUUGUAUCCAAAGAGAUGUACGUGUGAAGGUUUUAAAAUUACCUGUGAAGAUGCAGGACUUAUCACUGUGCCAUCAGUUUCCACCAAUGUAACAAAACUGUUGCUAAUGCAAAACAACAUCACAACCCUCCUUGAUGACCAGUUCAUUAGAUACAGACAACUGGAACUACUGAUUUUGCAAAACAACUCAAUACAUUCCAUCUCCACCAGAGCCUUUGCAGGGCUUUUCCGUCUAAAGAGACUAUAUCUCGGCAGGAAUAAAAUCUCCGUGCUAAAGCCAGGAGUAUUCCAUGAUUUGCAUCAACUUGAGUGGCUCAUUUUGGACAACAACUUGAUAGAAAGUAUCACACCAAAGACCUUUGUUGGCCUGAAGUCUGUCUUCUUCUUAUAUAUGAUAAAUAAUUCAUUGGAAAAUAUUCCCAAUAUCUGUUCUGUACUUCCCAAACUGAAAUGGCUGGAUGUAGAAGGGAACAAUAUUGAGUCCAUCGAAAAGAAGAAUUUUCAGGCAUGCAACAAGUUUGAUGUCCUCGUUCUUCGCAACAAUAAAAUCAGAUAUAUUAAGGAUGAUACUUUCUCAACAAUGCCAUUCAUGAUAGAACUGGAUUUGUCUAUGAAUCAGCUUCAGGAAUUGUCUCCCUCAGUAUUCAAAGGUUUUGAACAGCUUCAUCAACUGAAUUUAUCACGUAACCCAAUGAACUAUAUCCACAUGGAUCAGUUUGACCACCUUGUUUCUCUUAAGUCACUAGACUUGUCUGGGAUCAACAUCUUCAAUAUUCAGAACCAAAUGUUUAAGAAUCUGGGCAACCUCUCGUACAUAUACUUCAAGAAGUUUGAAUACUGCAGGUAUGCUCCACAUGUCCGGAGCUGCAAGCCGAAUACAGAUGGAAUCUCAUCUUUUGAAAACCUGUUGGCCAACAUCAUUUUGCGGGUCUUUGUGUGGGUGGUGGCUUUCAUCAUCUGCUUUGGAAACCUGUUCGUCAUCUGCAUGAGGUCAUGCAUCACAACAGAAAACAGGCUACAUACCCUGUCUAUCAAAUCACUCUGCUGUGCUGAUUGUCUGAUGGGAGUUUAUCUCUUCUUCAUUGGUGCCUUUGACAUGAAAUAUCUUGGAGAAUACAAUAAAAAUGCCCAACAGUGGAUGGAGAGUAUGAAGUGUCAGCUCAUUGGUGCAUUAGCCAUGCUCUCCACUGAGGUCUCUGUCAUGCUACUAACAUAUAUGACACUUGAGAAAUACAUGUGCAUAGUCUUUCCAUUCACUCAUUACAGGCCAGGCAAGAGGCAAACCUUAUCAACACUGGUCUCCAUCUGGAUUGCUGGAUUCAUAAUCGCCAUGAUACCAUUGUGGAAUCAUAAUAUGUUUGGCAAUUAUUAUGGAAAGAAUGGAGUGUGCUUCCCUCUUUAUUCUGAACAGUUUGAGAGCCUUAGUGCAAGAGGAUACUCCACAGGAAUAUUUCUGGGUUUGAACUUACUUGCUUUCAUCAUCAUUGUCUUCUCCUACACCAGCAUGUUUUAUUCAAUCCACAAAACAGGAGCACAGUCGGCCGAGAGGAGCCUUUUCUCUAGAGAGGUAGCCAUUGCAAAACGCUUUUUCUUCAUCGUGUUCACUGAUGCCCUAUGCUGGAUCCCUAUAUUUCUGACGAAGUUACUGUCUCUCCUUGAAGUAGACAUACCAGGCAAUGUAACUUCUUGGGUUGUAAUCUUCAUCCUGCCAAUAAACAGCGCCUUGAAUCCAAUCCUCUACACAAUUACCACUGCAUCCUUCCAGGAAAAGCUGAAGCAGUGUUUGCGGAAUCAAGAGCUGCUUGGUCCCAAAAAGAGCCUCACAAGCACGACACAGAUGAGCAACGUGUAAGAUGACCAAUCCUGACAGCAUCAAGCAAAAGGGUGUUAACAUCUUACAUCCCUAGAUGAGUGCUAGGUCACACAGUAACUCUUUACAAUAUUGAGUGAGAACUAUCAUCUGUCUCUUACCAGAAGCAAUGCUGUGUGAAACAACAAUUUCUGACAGCAUAUGUUGAGAAAGCUUUACCACCUCAUUUCUCUAAGUGAAUGCUGUGUUACACAAUCAUUCAAAUAGCGUGGAUUGAGGAAGAUUCAUCAUCUUGGGUCUGGACAAACAGUCACGGUGUAACACAGCUAUUCAUGAUGACAUACCAUGAGAAUUUUAUUAUUUCCUUUCUUUCCAUGAAUGGGUGCAACAUAUAUUGAGAGAGCCUUUGCCAUGUAACUGCUCAUCAAGCAACCAUAUUUAGUGUAGACCACCAGAUCUAAUAGCACUAAUGUGAUAAAUGUCCUAGGUAGUCCUUUCAUCCAUUAUUGCAAACAUUGGACAAGAUAAAGAGUCAACUCCCCACUCAAAUUACUUUUCACAUACAUUAUGUUACCCUCUUUUUCCUGUUUCAAAUCCUAAAAUUGCCUGACUCUCUUUUUACAGAUCCUUAUACUUAGUUGUGUCUUUGCUUCUCAACUCCCAAUCAAACCGUUUUAAAACAGAUACUGUGCUACAGUCUUAGCUGCUCAAGCACAAUUGUCUGUAAAACAAUUUUGGAUGUGAGUAAAUCAUGGGAAAGCCAGUUCCAAACUUAAUCAUUUCAGUCUCAGCUGCCAGACUUGACUGUGUCAGACUCAUGGCCUAAAUGUAGUCAAUGUUCUUGUGUCGUGGAUAUAAAUCAAACAUAUUGAAGAACUGAAUGGUUGAAAUUUGUAUGGAAAUUUUAAAAUGAUGUUACUGUUUUACCCUGUCUCAGAUACUACAGAAUUUAACAACUUCUUCAAUAACAGCACUGCUUGACCACUGUUGAGUGUGAGUUCCUUUGUUAUAGUAGCAUUUGAAUACAUGCAGCUUUCAGCAUACAAAUGGAAGCACUGGCAGUGAGGUAGUGACCUGUAGAGUACCACACGAUAGUGGUAAAUCCCCUUUUUACACUACAUAUCUAUAAGAUCUGACAUAGAUGUACAUCACAGACCAGAAGUGAAUGUCUCACUUUUAUUUGACUUAAAGGUAUUGAGGUUAGUUACGCACAGGUGUUAUCAAUUCUAGAAGGAGUGAAAAUAGACA